CACUAGCAAAUUUGUGUUUCUCCUUAUUUUGUUGACAUGUUCAGUUUUAAGCGACGAACUAGAUGGCUAUGUCAAAACGGAAGGAGCGUGGAUGGCAGGUAGACAAAGACAGAUAUACAUGGGUGCAGAUGCAUUAAGCUGUGCCAAAAUAUGUGAAAAAGAACAGAAGUUUACUUGUAGAUCCUUUAUGUAUGGCUCAAAAAACCAGCUAUGCGUUACACUUCCUGACAAUCAGAAGUCUUCAAUUGUGCAUCGAAGGAGUGAUGUAGCUAUAUAUGAAAGAAAAACUUACCUUGAAAAUUGUAUUUCUGGAAAUGGAAAGGAUUACAGAGGAACUGAAUCUAAAACAAAGUCUGGGAUAACAUGUCAAGAUUGGGUAUCGAACACCCCCCAUCAACCAAACUUUACUCCUGAAAAUUUUCCAAAUGAAGGGCUUGAGGCAAAUUUUUGUAGAAAUCCAGAUGGAGAUUCACAAGGACCUUGGUGUUACACUACAGACCCAAAGCUUAGAUUUGAAUUUUGCAACAUACCCCAAUGUGAAGAGGAUUGCUUUCAUUGCAGUGGAGGAAAUUACAGGGGGGAAAUUUCCAAGACUGAGUCAGGCUUGGAGUGUCAGAAUUGGGAUUCACAAACCCCCCAUUCUCAUGGUUACAACCCUGCAAGCAUUCCAGAAAAAAAUCUCAUUAAGAAUUACUGCCGGAAUCCAGAUGGAGAACCUCGACCAUGGUGCCUUACUACUAACCCAAACAAGCGGUGGGAAUACUGCAAUGUUCCACGCUGUACCUCUAAUCCCCCUCCAUCACCAAUGGGAUUGCAGUGUUUGUCUGGAAAUGGUGAGUCAUAUCGAGGAAAUAUUGCUGUCACAGCAUCAGGAAAGACUUGUCAGGCUUGGAAUGUUCAGGAACCCCAAAUACACACCAGAACCCCAGAGAACUACCCCUGCAAGAAUCUAGAAAAAAACUAUUGCAGAAACCCUGAUGGUGAGUCCUUGCCCUGGUGUUAUACCACAGACAAAUCAAGACGAUGGGAAUAUUGUGAAAUACCUAGCUGUGAUUCACAGCCUGCUGUUAUACCUGCGCCUACCGCACCUACAGUAGAAUCAGAAUGUUAUGAGGGUAAUGGAGGGAAUUACCGAGGCACAACUUACAUGACGAUCUCUGGUAAAAGAUGUCAGGACUGGAGCUCUCAUGUGCCACAUGCACAUACUAGGACACAUGACAAAUUUCCAAAUGCGGGACUGGAAAAGAAUUACUGCAGAAAUCCAGAUAAUGACAAAGGCCCAUGGUGCUAUACCACAGAUCCUCAUGUACGAUGGGAGUAUUGUAGCCUGAAGAAAUGCACUGAUGUACCAUCUGUUGAACAGAAGCCUAUACAGACAACAAAGCCUACACCUGUAUCUACCAGUCCAGGCAAAGACUGCAUUAUUGGUAAAGGUCAAGAUUAUCGUGGCACAAGAUCGGUCACUGUUAAAGGAUAUACCUGUCAAGAGUGGAGUUCCCAAACACCUCAGACACACAACAGUUUUACACCAAUAACUCAUCCAGAAGCUGGAUUAGAUAAAAAUUACUGCAGGAACCCAGAUGGAGAUAUAAAUGGCCCAUGGUGCUUUGUAACAAACCCUGGCCCAGUCAGUUGGGAUUACUGUGAAAUUCCUGCUUGUGCCUCAACAGAAAUUGAGUGCGGAAAGCCAAAAAGAAAGCAAAGAAAGUGCUUUGGAAGAAUUGUUGGUGGGUGUGAAUCAUAUGCACAUUCUUGGCCUUGGCAGAUUAGUCUUCGAACAAGCUAUAAUCUGCACUUCUGUGGAGGAACAUUGAUUGACCGUGAAUGGGUUCUCACAGCAAAGCACUGCUUAGAGCGUUCCAACAAACCAGCAUCUUACAAAAUACAUCUUGGAAUCCAUAAAGAAGUUGGCAAUGAACCAUCCAAGCAAGUUCGAGAUGUGGAAAAGUUAAUACUGGAACCAUCAAAUGCAGAUAUAGCACUAUUGAAGCUAAAGAGCCCAGCUUUAAUAACAGAUGAAGUUCUCCCUGUUUGCCUUCCGCCUGAACAUUAUGUGGUGCCAGACAGGUCUGAAUGUUAUGUAACAGGAUGGGGUGAGACGCAAGGCACUGGUAAAGAAGGAGUGCUUAAAGAAGCUGGUUUUCCUGUCAUUGAAAAUAAAUUAUGUAACAGCCCAGAAUACCUUAAUAACAGAGUGACAAGCCGGGAGCUGUGUGCUGGCAACAUCCAUGGUGGUAUUGACAGUUGUCAGGGUGACAGUGGAGGACCUCUUUCAUGCUUUGAUGGGGAAAAGUAUGUUUUACAAGGAGUAACUUCGUGGGGUCUUGGCUGUGCUCAGCCCAUGAAACCAGGUGUAUAUGUGCGUGUGUCUAAGUUUAUCCCAUGGAUUGAAAAGACAAUGAAAGCAAAUUAAUGCAUCAACAGUACUAAUGUUUUAUUAUAUAUGAACAAAAGAGACUGAUAAGUAUGUUAAUAUAGCAAGAAUAAAUAUGCUUUUUGUCAGUUGGAAAAAAAUGAGUAGUAAUAUUAUUUAU